UAAACAAAAAUCUAAUUAAUUUGAAUGCUAUUUAUAAUUAACCUAAGCCAAAUACCAUAUUUAUAAUUGUUGAAAUUGAAGAAAACCACUGUUUUGCGUUUGUAAAAAUGAAGUCAACAUACUGUAUUUGGUCCAUCAGACACUCCACGAAUAUUGAAUGUGAGAAUUCACUAACUCUCGGAACAAUGUGCUCUAUAUAAUAAUAUGUUAAAAUAAUAUAAUGUUUGUUGGAGUGGAGGAAACUGACCGCGCAUUCACACGCAGAUGGCUUGUCACGUAUAUUCCUCUAUCUUACGUCUGUACUAUAGUUAGCCAGUCUGUUUGCGACGCUCAAGUCUGAACACUCCUACGGGAUCGCCGCUUGGACAAACCACAUUUUGUCGCAGACCUUGAGCUUCCGCCGGUAUAGUAUUUAUUUCCUGAGUGAGAAGUCGAAGCAGCAGGAGCCCGAAAAAAAAAAAAAAUCAAUCUUCUGUGUCUUUGGGAAGACGUGGACUCCUUCCACGGCACUCGUCAACAGGGUCCUCUUCAAGACCAGCUAUUUUUUCCCCCCACACUCCUUACUCCCUUUUUGUUUUUUUUUUUUUUUUUUUUUUUUUUUUUUUUUUUUUUUUUUUGUCGACCAUUUUCUUUUUUGUUUUUAAAUCACAGUCCAAGAGCCUUCACCUGUUGUCUUAAAUGGUCUGUGUUGGGACUCCGCUCAUUGACGGACAUCGGCCUCACACGUCCAGCUAAUCAUAUCAGAAAACAUGAGCUCAGCCAAGGCCAGCAUGCUCAAAGGGCCCAGUAAGAUAGCCAAGGGCCCAGGCACAGGUGCACCCAAGACGAACCCAGGCACAGGAGGUAGAGCUGCUACAGCUGACAAAUCAACCACCGGCGUGGAAGACAACAAGGAUGCCAGCGAUGGCUUCCAGAUGGGUGAGCGCGUCUGGGUGAACGGGACUAAACCAGGCUACAUCCAGUUUUUGGGAGAGACCCAGUUCGCUCCAGGACAGUGGGCUGGGAUCGUUCUGGAUGAGCCAAUCGGGAAGAACGAUGGCUCGGUGGGAGGCGUGCGCUAUUUCCAAUGUGAGGCCCUGCGAGGGAUCUUCACCCGUCCGUCCAAGCUGUCACGCACCGAGAGCGAAGGCGACGGCACUGAGACGGCGCCGCCCUCUCGUGCCGCCUCCCCUACCCCGUCCGUGGGCAGCCUAUCCUCUCACAUACCUGCGGCCAAAACCACAGCAGCCAAGAAGUCCUCAAAUUCUGGUCCAUCUGUGACUCAAACAGCCCAGUCUUCUAACUUGGUGCGCGUCAACAGCGAAUCCACUGCCAAUCUGUCAGAGAGCGGCUCAAUCAAGAAAGGGGAACGGGAACUCAAGAUGGGGGACCGUGUGUUGGUUGGCGGAACAAAAGCGGGAGUGGUGCGCUUCAUCGGAGACACAGAUUUUGCAAAAGGAGAGUGGUGUGGUGUGGAGCUUGAUGAGCCUUUGGGGAAGAAUGAUGGCGCAGUAGCAGGAACCAGGUACUUCCAUUGCCAGCCCAGAUAUGGCUUAUUCGCUCCGGUGCACAAGGUCAUGCGUAUCGGCUUCCCCUCCACCACGCCGGCCAAGGCCAAGGUGGGUGCUCGCAAGGUUAUAGCCACGCCUGGGGGCCUGAAGCGUAGCCCCAGCGCCUCCUCCAUCAGCACCAUGAGCUCUGUGGCCUCUUCCAUCAGCGCCAAGCCCAGCCGCACUGGCUUGCUGACAGAGACGUCAUCGCGGUACAACCGCAAGAUCUCAGGCACAACGGCCUUGCAGGAAGCUCUGAAGGAGAAGCAGCAGCACAUUGAGCAGCUCAUGGUGGAGAGGGAUAUGGAGAAAGCUGAGGUGGCCAAAGCCACCAGCCACGCUGGGGAGAUGGAGCAGGAAAUCACACUGCUCAGGAAUGACCAAGAACAAAUGGAGGCCAAGAUGGAUCAGUUACGUGCCUUGGUAGAGGCAGCUGAUAAAGACAAAGUCGAGCUGCUCAAUCAGCUCGAAGAAGAGCGGAGAAAGGUUGAGGACCUUCAGUUCCGUGUUGAGGAAGCAUGUAUCACCAAAGGGGAUCUGGAGACGCAGACCAGACUGGAGCAUGUCCACAUUAAGGAGCUUGAACAGAGCCUGCACUUUGAAAAGACCAAAGCUGAGAAGCUCCAAAGAGAGUUAGAAGACACUAGGGUUGCCACCGUGUCGGAAAGAUCCCGCAUAAUGGAGCUGGAGCGAGACCUCUCACUUCGUACCCGAGAGGUCGCCGACCUGCAGCUCCGUCUCAGUUCCCAGCAGCCAUCUGGUGACUCUGAAGGCAUCUCUCCCCUCCUGGAGGAGAUCACUUCUCUGAGGGACCAGCUGGCUUCGCUGGAAGCCCAGCGGCGAGAGGAGCUGGCCAAGCUGCAGGAGAAGUUGGAGUUUCAAGACAAGGCGCACACCGAGGCAGCCGCCCAGCUUCAGGCCACCACUGUCAUUCUUUCAGGAGAAAAUGAGCAGCUGCGCAUGCACCUGAGCCAGGCUGAGAAGGAUAAUGCCGAUGUCCUAGAAAGGCUGAAGUUGGAGCAUGGUCUGGCCCUUGAGGAGGCCGCCGCUGCCCAUGCUGAGGAGAUAAGCUGCCUAAAAGAGCGACUGUCCUCCCUCGCUGAAGACAAGGAGCGCCUGGAUGAUGCACUGCGUUCUGGCGUGGACAAAGCCGAGAACCAACACUUGGUGGAGCUGGAGGAUGUCCUCGGGAAGCUCCAUGCUGCCGAGCUCAAGGUGAAGGAGCUGGAGGACACGAGAGCUGACUUAGCGCAGCAGGCACAGGAUGAGAGAGAAACCAAAGAGAUUGUGGUACAAAUGGUCCGCCGUUUGUGUUGCGCACAAAACAACCAGAAUGUACAACUAGAUGAUGUUCGGGACAAAGAAAACUCACUAGGAACUGAGUUAGUUGGUGAGCUGAGCACAUUGUUGGAGGGCAAAGAAAAUGAAAUCCGGUCGCUGCAGCAAAGUUUGACUGUUGUGGAGCAGGAGAAAAAUGCUGCAGGGCAGCAACUUGCAGGGCUGAAGCAGAAGUUGUCCGAAAGCACAGAAGAGCAAACAAAAUCUGCAAUAACUAUGCAAGAAACCCUUGAGAAUCUCAGCAAGAAGGAGGAGCAGUGCACAGCUCUCAUCGCGGAAUCGGAGUCUUUCAGGAAUCAGCUUAAUGGGCUGGAAAUGAAGCUGGCGGGUGCGGAUGAGAAGGUGCGUCAACUUGGUGAGGACAAGAGCAAAUUAGAGAAGGACAUUUUGGACAUGAUGACAGCGUCAGGUGACAACUCAGUGCAGUUGACCAAAAUGAACGAAGAUCUCCAGCAGAAGGAAAGGAGGUUGGAGCAGUUGCAGAGUCAGCUGGCGGAGGAAAAGAAGAAAGUGGACCACUCCAAUCAGCAACAUGAGCGGGAUCUGUCAUCUAAAGACCAGGAACUGCAUGAAACACGAGACAGCUGCAAUGCUCAAAUAAAAAAGCUCCAGGAGAAGAUUGCAACAUUGGAGGAGUGUGUGCAGCAGGGUGCAAAUGAAGCAGAGGCGCUCAAGGUAUCUCAGGUGAAGACUCUCUCCCAGGCCUCCGAGCUCCAUGGCCAGGAAGUCCAAAGGCUGAAGGAUGAGCUGGACAACCUGAAGCUGGAGUUAUCCUCCUCCAAUGACAGGAGCAAGGAGCUGGAGGAAGUUGUGUCUGAGCUGCAGACUUACAAGGAAAAGCUUGAGCAUCUUUCUGCUGAGCUCGAGUCCUCCAAGCAUGACGUUGAACGGUUGUCUACAAAGCUACAAGAGCAGACUUGUGAUCUGGAGCGCAGGUGUCAGGAUAGAGAGGAUGCUGAUGCUCAGAAAUGUAAACUGGAGAUGCAGCUCUCAGAGGUGCAGCGCAAGCUUUCUGCUCUCCAGGAGAUAUCUAUCCAAAAUGAGGACCUCCUUGUAACCAUAGCAGACCUCUCGAAGGGUAGGGAAGAAUUACUUGAUAGCAACAAGCGCUCUGAGGAAGAAAGAUCUUCUCUGAAUGAACAGCUGGAGAAGCUCAAAAAUUGUCUUCAGGAAGCACAGGCUGAAAACACAAACUUGAAGAGUAUCAAUCUCAAACAGCAGUCUGAUCUGGAGGAGCUCCAGAAACAAAACAAGGAGAAAGAUACCACUCUACUGAAAUACCAGCAGCAUGCUCAGCAAGAGGAAUGUAAAACAAAGCAGCUGCUGGAGGACUAUGAAAACAUUUGUAAAGAGCGAUGCAGGCUAGAGGAGGACCUCAAGGACAGCAGAUCUAAGCUUGGAGGUGAGAACAACAACCUCAUCUCAGAGCGAGACGCAGCCCAAAAUGCCAAAAAAUGUCUGGAUGCUAAAAACACAGAAUUGCAGGCCAAGCUACAGUCGCUCAAAUUGGAGAAAGAAGAUCUGACAAUGAAGAACAAUCAGCUGCAGGCUCUCUCAGAAGCCUUAAACAAAGAGAAGACAGUCAUGUCUUCUAAAAUUAACACCAUCACAUCAGACAACAAGAACCUUGAAGCAGAGAACAAGGAACUCCAGAAUAAGAUUAGUCUCACCAAGAAAGAGCUGGAUAGCUCCAUCUGUGAAUGUGAAGACCUGAAAGUAUCUCACUUAAGCUUGGUCCAGAUGCUGGAGCAGUCAAAGACCACCAGCCAGGUGACGGAUUCUGAAAGGGUUCACCUUCUCCAGCAGAAGGAAGAGUUGCUUGCCGCGCAGAGGAAAGCCUCUAAGGAGAAGGAGGAGCUGGUAAAAUACACUGAAGAGCUGAAGGAGAAGAUUGAAGUCUCUGCUCAGCAACUGAUUCUGUCUGGUGAAAACCUGAAAGAGAUGUCUGCCUCUUUGGAGCAAGAAAGACAGAUGUUUCGCACACAAAAUUCCGAAACCUCUGAGGCUCUGCAUGCGCUGCGGAAAGAGAAACUGACCCUAGAAUCGGCGCUGGAGCAACAUAAAACCAAUUACGAGCAUCUUGCUGCGGAGAAGGGUGAGUUAGAAACGAAGCAUAUGAAGGCUAGCUCUGAUAUUAUCGCCCUUUCACUGGAACGAGAUAAGCUAGUGAAUGACAUCAGAGCUACAAAGGACGAAUUGGACACCUUCAACAGAUCACAUGACAAUCUUAGACAGGAGAAGUCUCGUUUAGAAGAGAUACUUAAGGGAACAAUGUGCAAAAAAGAUUUGGCUGAAGCAGAGUUGACGUCCAUGAGAAAGAAAACUACUGACCUCAAGAGUGAGCUUGAGAAACGUUCCUCCAGUAUUGAACUCCUAGAAAAGGCCAAAGCUGAUCUUACUCAAAAGCACAGCGAGCUUGAAAGGGAUCUCGAUAAAUUCACAUCAGAACAUGGUCGAAAAGUCGACGAACUCACGAAACACUUGGAGUUGUCAAAGACUGAAAAGAAACAGCUCCUCGAGGAGAUCCAGCAUCUUAAAAAACAGACAUUGUCAUUGUCUGAGGCCAAGAAUGACUUAGAGAAGCAGUUCCAGGCAGAGUCCAGUAAACUGACUUGUGCUACUGACCAAUCGAUAGAGCUGCAAAACACAUUGUCCCAACUUCAGCAGGACAACAACGAAAUGUCCUCUCAACUUAAAAAUGCAGAGGACCAGAAGAAGUCUUUCAUGGCAGAAAUUGAUAUGAUUAAAGCAUAUCUGAAGGAACAAGAGGUAGUGACUCAGAGCUUGUCAGAAGACAAACGAGAGCUUUUAUCCAAAAUGGAACAGAUGGAUAAAUGUUUGUUGGCCCUGAAAACAGAGAAGGAGGACCUCAUAGCCAGGUGCAGUCACUCAGAGCAGGACAUUUCCCAGUGGCUUGCUGAAAAGUCGCAGCUCACCGGCAAGCUGGAGAAGUUGCAGGAGGAGGUCAAGGCCCUCCAAGCGGAUGAGGCCACCCUGGAGAAGCGGCACCAAGACACUAUUGCUGAGAGAGACCAGCUCCAGUCCCAACUUGAACAGACCAUUGCUAAGCAGCUCAAGGCCUCUGAGGCUUCUGGUCAGACUGCAGAGAUUCUUGAACAGCUGACAAAGGAGAGAGAUGCCUUGCUCCAAGAGAAGAGUGAAACUCAAGUUCUCCUGCAGGACCUUCAUACUUCCAAGAAGGAGAUGGAAAUACAGGUUGAUUCACUGAAUCAACAUCAAUCAAAGUACCAGCAAGAGCUCGCCGCAUCCAAAGAGCAACUUCGUGCAGAAAGCCAGAAGACUGAGACUCUCUCACGGGAAAUUGAGGAGCUCAAAGAGGCUGUGUCAGUCAAGUCCCAUUCCCUCCAGUCACUGCAAAACGAGAAGGACAAGUUGACUCAGGAUGUUGAGAACAAUCACCAAGACCACAGUGAACUUAUCAAGUUCAAGGAAGAGCACUCUAAGGUCCAAGCACAGUUGAAAGAGUUGAAGCAAAGUGAGAGCACCUUAAAAGAGAAGAUGGACAAGGAGAAUGCAGAGUUGCAAAAUGCUGUCCAUAAAAACAGUGCCUUAGUGUCAGAGAAGGAGGCGCAGAUAAGAGCCCUGAAGACAGAGCUGUCUGUCGUGCGUGAGCAAAGUGCCUCAUCUGAAACAUUGCAGAAAGUUAUUGAUGCCUUGGAACAGGACAAAGCUAAACUCAAGCAACAAGUGGAGAGGCUGGAGCAGGAGCUGGCCACCCCCUCAGGUGACGUCUCUGUGGACAGACUGAGGGACAAGGAUACGGAGGCUGAGAUUGACUUCCUGAAUUCAGUCAUUGUUGACCUGCGGAAGAACAACUUGGACCUCAAGGACCAGUUGACGAAAAUGGCCGCCGCCGCUCUCAAUGGCAACAACGUUAGUGAGCUGGACGACGACGACGGCGAGGAGAAGGAAUCUGCCAAGAAGAAGAAGAAGAAAAAGAAGAAGCAGCUCCCACCUCGACUGUUCUGCGAUAUCUGCGACUGCUUCGACCGUCACGACACGGAGGACUGCCCGGCACAGGCACAGAUGCCCGACUCGCCGCCGCACACCACCUACCACGGCAGCAAAGGUGCCGAGCGGCCUUACUGCGACAUCUGCGAGGUGUUCGGCCACUGGAGCCAAGACUGCAACGACGACCGCACCUUCUGAGGACAGCCUAGUUUGUGUGUGCGUGCGUGCGUGGCUUUGUUUGUAAUUUAAAAGCAACUUGAGGGCUAAAUGCGUCAUUGUUGUUUGCACAGCUUUUCACACUGAUCACUAAACGUUGGGGACAUCUGAAAUUUCAGGAUGAACAUAGAAUGCGUUAUACCUUAACGGAUGAAAUUCAACUGACCUUGAUGUCAGCAGAGACGGGAGGAGUCAUCGAGAGCAGGUGAAGUUGAAGAAAUUUCACCGCCAAGCCCAACAGCCAAACCUUUUGUGAGUAGUGUGUAUAUAGAGAUAAAUAUUUUUUAAAAAUCCAAAAAUUAUUCUAUAUGAAGGAUAACUAUGGCUUGACAACUGGGGAGCCAUCAACAAUUUUUCUAUGCCUGAAAAUAGUUUUUUAUUAAACUCUGAUGGGAUGCAUGCAGGCAGUACACAUAACACCACUUCCUGGCUUGUUCUUUCUAUUCUGCCAUUUCUGUACAAAUGAAUAAAAGUUGUUGAAAUGA